AUGUCUUCUUCGGAUCAUUCAAUUGUACAAGGGCUAAAUAGAUCAUCAUCAUCAUCAAAUCAAAGGCAUUUAACCUCACCAUCCGGUCAUUCAUCAUCUUCCAUUCAUACUCCGCAAUCCAGUACAAGUGACUCGCGAUAUUCACAUCAUCAUACAAUUUCCACAGCUUCAUCUUCUACUUCUGCUAUUUCAUCCGGUUCAAUUUCUCACAAGCCUUCACUGACAUCAAUUCGCAAGAUGCCUUUCAAAAUUCAUUCUGAUGCAAUACACUCAUCAAAUGGUCGUAAACGCAAGACACCAGAAGAAGAAGGGAAAGAAUUACAUUCUUCCCCUUCUCGAUCUGUAGACCGUAUUAACGGAACGCAAUCCUCAUCCAAUCACUCCAAAUCCAAUUCUUUGACCGCUCAACAACAAAUGACCAAACGAAUCAAAACGGCGCGUGCAUGUGAUUCAUGCAGAAGGAAAAAGAUUCGUUGUGAUGUCAUAGAUGACGGAGGACCUCUACUAGGAGAUCCAAACAACGGCAACGGAGGAUUAACUUGCGCCCAUUGCAGACAAUAUGGCUUCGAUUGUACCUUCUUCUUACCAAUCACAGAGACGCGGUUCAAAAAGAAGCGGGAAAGGGAAGCAGAAGAAAUUGCGGCGGCGGCAGCGGCGGCCGCUGCUGCCGAAAGGACUCAUUUGGGAGCGGGAAUGAUUCCUGCACUCGUACAUCCUUCUCGAACAUUACCUUUGUCGGUUAUGCCGUUUGGAAAUCCAUCAUUGAUGCCUGGCGCUAGUCAAUCUUCUCGUCAACCUUCAGCGGAUGAUUCACCACCGCCACCUCCUGACACUCGCGUCUUGGGUCCUACAUCACUUGCUUACAUUGUUCAUUCAACAGCAUUCGUACCAGGAGCUGCGAUCGAAGAACAUGAUCUACAGCAUCAUCAAACAUUCGAAGUGGGAGCAUCAGGAGAUGGGAUCAUCAAAUUCCACAAACCUCCAAAAGGAGCGAUAGCUGAAGCAGAAGAUGGAGAAGAAUCAGCAGAUGAAAUCGUUCGUGUUCCCGAAUCUCUCCGUGGUAGAUUGGCCGGAGAUGUGGCGGAAAAGUUGGUCAAUACCUAUUUCGAAAAGUUGGGCUUCUUAUUUCCGGUUGUGACAAAGAGUGAAUUCUUACACAUGUCAUCACCACCACCGCUCAUGCUUUAUGCAAUUUGUGGAAUCGCCGCUUUGAGCAGAGAAGUACCAAAAGAAGUUCUUUCGGUUAUCAAGAUGACACUACACGGAAUGUUCAAAAAUGUUGACAUUUUAAGCAAUUCAAAUAACAAUAAUGUCAAAUCUUUAUUGAUUAUGAGCUUGCAUAGCGAUAUUCAUGGCACAACAGCCGUUCAAGCAGGUUCGCGUUAUUGGAAUCGUGUAGGAGCUGCCGUUCGAAUGGCGCAAGAUUUAGGUCUGCACCGCGAUGCAUCAAAGCGAGAUGACGUUGACGAUGAUGCAUUCUUUUUGGAACAAAAACGUCGAAUUUGGGGCUGUUGCGUAACGGCAGAUCGUUGCGUUUCGAUUUCACUUGGUCAUCCUUUGGCAAUUGAUUUGACCGAUUGCGACGUUCGUCUACCGUCUCCGUAUGAAAUUCUUAGGUACCCUUCCGAUUUACCCGCAGUUCCUGGAGCAGAUCGACCGUUUGGAUUCAAUACCGAAAUGCUGAAAUUAAGCAUCCUAUUUGGAAGGGUGAUGAAAACAAUCUACAGUCCAACAGGUUUGAUGAAAACUACUGAUGAAGAGAUCAUUGGUCUUUUGAACGAUAUCGAUCGAUGGAAGGAUAAUCUGCCCACAGCAUUGCAAUUCAGAGGAGCAAAAGAAUCACCCGCUCCAGCCGGAAUUCUACACAUUUCCUAUUCAUGCUUGAUGCAUCUCUUCUUCCGCGUAUUCAUGAGGAUCUCUUACAAUUGUCCACAACAUUUGAACUUUUCUCUCACGAUCGAACGUAUGACAACGUUGAUCAAGAUUUCGCGAGAGUCGAUUGCUUGGGUAGAUCUCAACGAAUUUUACUUGGAUACGAUGCAAUUCGUUUCCUACGGAUUGGUGUUCUGUACGACUGUUCAAUAUCACGCUUGGAUCAGACGAGGUGAUCAAGAAGCAUUGGCAUCUAUUCAAAAGGCACAUGAUUGCGUCAUGCGAUUUGAAAGACAAGGCGAACAUGAUUCACAUCAAGAUCUUUCCAUGAGAGCAAAGACGGCAGGUGUUAUUGCUCUUUUACACAAAUCGGCUAUUGGAAAAUACAAGAAUACACCCAAUAGUGGAAACUUGAACCCUACUGCUGGUGUGAGCAAUCGUAGAUGGAUCGAUAAUGUUCGUAAUAUCGUUUUCAAACCUGAUCUAAAUCGCCCAGGCGGUGGUGUUUACGUGGCAACGAUGCACAAUUUGAUGUUGGAUGAUCUACCGGCAGGAACGAUGAUCUUACAAGAAACUGAAGCUGGUGCAGUUCCGGCUCUUAUUCGUACAAACGCUGAAAACAGUGCUGGAGCAUGGCGUGCGGUAGGAGAUAUGGCAAAUUUGAUGUCCAAUGGCGCCAAUGCACAAUUAUCCGGUCAGCGAGAUGAUAGAAGCGGAAGCAAUGCAAAUGAUAUCACAAGGGAUUUGACCCAUGUUGCAGGUGGCGUUUGGGCAGACGCACAAGGAAGACCGGUUGAUCGACAAGGAUCUAAACUUUUGACAAUGAUUCCUGUUCCGGGUGGUGAAACGAUGAUUCAAUCUUAUCCUGGCGGUCCAAGACUUUCGUUUAGUUCGAUUGCCAAGGGACUUGCGCUGCCUUCUGGUUUGACAGAUAAUGAAAAUCAACCACCUACAUUCGCAGAUCCGGCAUGGUUCAGUUCUUUGGCUGCUCAGGCAGCAGCACAAACGAACAAUAGUUUGAAUGCAAACGGAAAUUCUACAGGAGAAGAUGCAAUUCCGCCAACAUUUAAUUUUUCGGAUUUAUACACUUUUGACGGUCAAAUUGCUCAACCUGCAUCUUUACUUCCUUCCAAUCAAGAUGAAUCUUCGUCGUCAGCGGCUGCGGGUGCUUCAAUGACAAGUGCAAACGCUCCUGCUUUGGAUCCUUUAUCACUUGAUGGCAUGCCAGGAGGUCCAUUAGAUUUUGCCGCAUGGGAGCAAUGGUUUAGAGGAACAAAUUCGUCGGGUGGUGGCGGUAAUGAUAUCAACAAUUCUGUCUGA